AUGGAAUGCAAAGGAUUCUCUUCCUUGGUGAUCUGCAUGGCGACUUUUCUCUCCGUCGUCUCGGUCAGUAAUGGGGAUAUGAGCUACUCUAUUGCAGAGGAGACGAAGCUCGGAUUUGUGGUUGGAAACAUUGCAAAAGACAUCGGAAUCUCUAAAAAAGCAAUGCAGACACGCAGAGCUCGCCUGAAUACCGUGGGCAGCCGUAAACGAUACUGUGACAUUAACUUGGAGACUGGGGACCUGUUCGUCGCAGAGAGGAUAGACAGGGAACAGCUCUGUGGGCCGAGAGCGUCUUGCAAUUUAAAUUUUGAAAUGGUUCUGGAAAAUCCUUUGGAAUUACACCGCAUUUCUGUUCACAUAGUGGACAUCAAUGAUAAUUCGCCCAUGUUUGCUACAGAUAUAAUUAAAUUUGAGAUCAGCGAGUCGACUGAGAAAGGUGCUCGUUUUGCUAUCGACGAAGCUCACGAUGCAGAUAUCGGAGCAAAUGAUGUUCAAAAUUAUUCAUUAGAGAAGAACGACUAUUUUGUUCUCGAUGUGCAUAGUAAUAACGGUAAAGAGAAAUAUGGCGAGUUAGUACUAGAAAAAAAGCUGGAUCGUGAGCAGCAGCGGGAAAUCAAAUUAACACUCACCGCUAGUGAUGGUGGGAUUCCACAGAGGUCUGGUACUGUAGUUAUACACGUCGUUGUGCUUGAUGCUAAUGAUAAUACUCCAGUUUUUAGUCAGUCUGCUUAUAGAGUCAGUUUGCCUGAAAACAGCCCUAUCGGAACAGAAGUGGUUAAAGUAAAUGCCACUGAUGCAGACGAAGGAGCAAACGGCCAGGUUACCUAUGACUUUGUCCGAAUAUCCGAGGAUCUAAGUAAAUUGUUUAGUCUAGAUCACAAUACCGGAAGUAUACAGUUAAGCGGUCAUCUGGAUUUUGAAGAGGAAGUGUCGUACGACUUGAGAAUUCGAGCAAAAGACGCGUUUGGGCUUGCUUCGUUUACUAGCGUUAUUGUGGACGUCGUUGAUGUUAAUGACAAUGCUCCUCAAAUAUCCUUUCAGUCAGGAACCCACUACAUUGCCGAAAAUGCUCCACCUGGUUCAGAGGUGGGAAUAAUAAAUUUGCAAGACAAAGACUCGGGUGCAAACGGCCGGGUGCAUUGUUCCAUUCAGUCCAACGUUCCUUUCAAACUGAACCCGUCAAUAAAGAACUAUUACUCCCUCCUAACUACAGCUGAGCUUGACCGUGAACGAAUACCAGAGUAUAAUUUAACCAUCACUGCUACUGAUGAAGGAAUGCCACCGCUCUCUUCGUUUCAGACAAUUCAUUUAUUGCUGUCAGAUGUUAAUGACAAUCCACCUACAUUUGAAAAGCAAUCAUACAGCGCGUACGUGACAGAGAACAAUAAACCAGGAACCUCCAUGUGGACCCCUGUAUGUUCUGUCUUAGCGAGAGAUCCAGACUGGAGACAGAACGGAACAGUGCUUUAUGCUCUGUUGCCCAGUGGAGUCAGUGGCGUUCCUGUGUCCUCUUAUUUAUCCAUUAAUGCAGAAACUGGGGUCAUUCAGGCUUUGAGGUCCUUUGACUAUGAGCAUUUCAGAAACCUAGAAGUCCAAAUUGUAGCAACAGACAACGGCUCUCCUCCUCUGAGCAGGAAUGUGACUCUGAGUGUUUUCAUAACAGAUGAAAAUGACAACUCUCCACAGAUUUUGUACCCUGCUCCAGAUGGGAAAUCUGUCAUAACUGAGAUUAUUCCCAGAACUGCACUCUCAGGCGCUCUGCUUUCCAAGGUGAUAGCUGUGGAUGAUGACUCUGGACAGAAUGCCUGGCUCUCAUAUGAAAUUGUGAGGUCUACUGAUCCCGGGCUGUUCACUAUUGGACGGCAUAGUGGAGAGAUUAGGGCUCAAAGGGACAUUUCUGAGUCAGAUAACUUGAGGCAAAAUCUCAUCAUUUCAGUUAAAGACAAUGGACUGCCCUCUCUUUCUUCAUCUUGCGUAGUCUAUCUAUUGCUAUCAGAUAACUUAUCUGAAGUGCCAGAACUGAAGGACACUACUGAGGAAAACAGUACAAAACUAACGUUUUAUCUGAUCAUUGCUUUGGUCUUGGUUUCAACCUUCUUCCUGACUUUUAUUAUUCUUAUUUUGACCUUGAAGUUUUGUCAUUGGAGAAAGCCCAGACUGUUUUUUGAUGGAGCUGUGGCUAUUCCCAGCGCAUAUUAUCCUCCCAACUAUGCUGAAGCGGAGGGAGCAGGAACUCUCCGAAGUUCUCACAACUAUGAUUCCUAUUUAACAACAGGUUCUCGUACAAGUGACUUCAAGUUUGUCAGAUCUUACAAUGAGAACACACUGCGUACUAGUAACACAUUGGAAACUUGCCAGAAUAAUGCUGUCCAGGCAGCUAUGAUUACUCCUAAUAGAGAGGAUGCAGAUGAGGUAAGGUACUAA